GUAAUCCAAAUGUCCGAUUUACUGCAUCCCCAUCCCCAUCCCCAUCUGUAGGGCUUUUUUUUCACGAUUUAGGUAUCACAUUGUCUUUAAAAACUAAUAAAGUUUAUCAUGCAGAAAACGCAUCCCAUUGGCAAUUAUCAUAGCCUAUACUAUUUAUUUGUCACAAAUUACUAAUUAAGAUACUGCUUUAAUUAUCUGAAAAAGACACUAUCGAAAAAAAAAGGGUGUUUCACUUUUCAUUCCUUCAAUCCAGCUUCUGGGUAUAGUUUGAGCAACAAUGGAGGAGAAGUCAGAUUGUGAGAAUUGCAAGACAUGGGAAGAGGAAAUGUACUGGAAACAUUUCAAUUCCAUGCAUUUUUAUCAGAUCCUACCCAAAAACUUCAAUGAUCAUCUUGUAUUGCCUGAGAAAUUUGCUGCACAUAUGACAACCCAUGUACCAGACAUAGUGUCGCUCAUAGGCCCGAGUGGUACUAUGUGGGAAGUAGAGACUCAGAAAACCGAUAACCUGCUGCUUGUUGGAGAUGGGUGGAAGAACUUUGUAAAAACUUAUGAGUUGGAAGAAAACUGUCUCUUAAUGUUCAAAUAUAAGCGGAACUCGAGGUUUGAGGUCUUAAUUUUUGACCAAGAGAGUUUCUGUGAGAAGGAAUCGUGUUAUUUUGUUAAGAAAUGUAGGCACACAAAGUCUGAACAUGAAAAUCAUAAAAAGAGAAGUGUGAGAGAGGUUCAAGCACUGAGGUAGUUGAAGAUGAGAGAGGUGAUGGUUCUGCGUUUGUUUCAUCGAAGAAGUCUAAGAAAGAUGUUGAUAGGGAGGUCAACUGUGCAGAACGAGAGGAGAACACUCAAAAUCCUAAGAGUCAAUUGUCUACUGAUAUUAGACGUAGGCUAAGAAAGGUCCAACCUCGUAAGCAUCCUUUUACUUGUGUUCAUGAAAGCAGGAUCUUCCUUGCACAAAGUGGGGAGCUUGUUGAACGUCCUAUUGCAGAGGAAAAGCAGCCUAGCAUAAAUGUAGCUACCCAGGAACCGACUCAGAUUUCACUGAGAGAAAUGACCACCCCUCAAAAUGGAGAAACUUCUCCAACUAAAGACCAUUCUGACAAAUUCAAGGAUCAAAUCGUUGAUUUGGCAGAGAAGAGUCCAGGUGGAAAUGACAUUGGCCAGGAACUGAGUCCAAAUUCAGGGAGAGAUUGGAGCACCCCUGGCCCUGAGGAUGAAGAAGAUUCCUCAGAGACGAAUCAUCCUCACAAAGUCAACUCCUUAUCUGGAAAGGAGCCGACUGAAAAUGGUACUGCUAAAAAAAUGAGUCGAUUUUUAAGCAAGGGGCCCAUCGUUCUUAACUUUAGAGAAUGUUCCCCAGAGGCAGAUGAUUCUCACAAAUCUAUAAGGAAGAGAGGUAGAGCUGGUAGACCAAAGAAGCUAGCACUUCCUAAGUCUUUAAUUAAACAGGCGCCAAGAAGUGUCUCAGCUGGAAGAAAGGGUACCCCUGAGUACGUGUCCAAUAGAAGGGAAGUGACUUUGAUGGAGAAAGAGGAUGCUUUGCAAAGAGCAAACCAAGAACGAACUGAAAACAGUUUUGUUGUGGUGAUGCGACCUAGUAGUGUGUACCGGAGGUUUUACAUGAGCAUUCCUGCAGAAUGGAUGAACAAGAACCUAGCACUCCAAAGUCAGGAAUUUGUCCUUGGAGUGGAGGAUAAAACAUGGGUCAUCUCGUUUUAUUACAAUUUUAAAAGAGGAACGGGAGGACUCUGUGGCGAGGGGUGGAAGAAAUUUGUCCGGGAUAAUUCCUUGGAAGAAUUUGAUGUUCUACUCUUCAAGCUUCCUAACCCAAAUAAUGCAACAAUUGUAUUCGAUGUUGAAAUAUUCAGAGUGGUCCCAAAGAUCCUUCCUCCUCUUCUUGUCAAUUCUUCCAUUUUGGCAUGAAGAUCAUCUAUAUGCUACAACUAGUUAGUUAGUUAGUUAGUUAGUUAGUUAGUUAGUUAGUUAGUUAGUUAGUUAGUUGAUCUUUGGCUUCGUUGUAAUGAGAGAAGUAUGUAGUAUUCUGGACAGUUUAAUAUCUAGAGUUGGCGCUUUAAUCUAGCUGGAGAUGAUCUAUGAAUCUAUGAUCUAUGUAACAUACUCCUGAUUCCUCAACUAUCGAUCUACCUGCUAGUGUAUGACGGGACAUUAUGAAUGUUGCAGUCAAAUAUUUACUCUUCCUUACGGGA